AUGGACUCUAAAAGUAAGGUAGAGGUGCCAACCGGAUAUAAACUUGUUGUUGAGACAGCAAACUUCGAUAUGUCUACACUCGAAGGUGAUAACAAUGGUCCACUGAUCAACACGGAUUCAUUUGCAUCGUUUGUAGUUAAUGGAAUCGUUUCUGUUCAAGACCCUCCAACAGCAACACAUUAUAUGGUCAUUGCAAUAAGCACAUCAGCACAAGUGUAUCAAGGCUCUCUGCCAACACAAAUCAAAAACAAGUGCUCACAAAGAGCACUAGUGUAUAACUCAGACGUUCAGUCAUUCAAUUGUUCGUCUCUUACACAAUUGGAAACAAAGACAUGCACUGUCAACUCAACUUAUUUGAAGGACUCUGUAGAUCUUGAUAAAGACGUGUAUUUGUCCAACCCCGAUAAGGCUUGCCCGUGUUACAACGACAUAUCUGGUAAAGGUGGGGACUGUCUCAUUCUACUUGAAACCGCCUCAGCUACCCCAGUCACAGUCAUGGCAACAAAAGAUGAACACAGAUUUACAAAAAUGGAACUUACUGGAAACUUUGCUUUGAAUCUCAAAGUGCUUGUCAUCUACUCGACACUUACGUUGAAUGGUGGGGUUGUGACAAUAAAUUCAGAGUCAAACACGAAAAUUGCUGCUAUUGAAAUUACAAAAACAACAACACUUGUGCUCAACACCCCAUCAACAAUUGGAAAAAUCACUGUGAAAGACGGCGUCGAAUUCACUCUGAAAUGCAACUAUGACACUUUCAUCGAGGCUUCAAAUGUUGGAGCUUUUGGGCUUUAUGUUGGUAAAACGUUGUCGAUCAGAGGUGCAGAUUCUAUUGUUACAAUCAAUUUGCUUGAUGUCAAAAUGACUGCGACUCAAAUGAGUAAAGUUUAUAUCUUUGGAGGCGCCAAGUUGAACUUCAGCGAAGCAACAGUCAAACUUGAAAAGAGUAAGGACUUCAAAGACACUUCUGUGAUUGAAGCUGAUAAUGUCAAUUCAAUCACUUUUGUAAAUACAAACAAUAAAGAUCCAGUCAAAACAGAGAUGUCUGGUGAGGCUGCAGCUCAAGUGUGCACCCCAUUUGUUCUGUUCUCUACCGCAUCACAAACUGAAGAAAGUUCAGACUGCCAACUCAGACUUAGAUGUG